AUGGACUGCCCCACAGUCGAUCCUCCAACGGAGCCCAGCACCUUGGCGGGCGACGUGUGCGGGCCGGAGCAGUUCCGCUGCGGCGGCGAGGACGAUACGGGCGGGACGGGCGCGGGCGCCGAGUGCGUGCCGCUGGCCUGGCGCUGCGACGGCCGCAUGGACUGCGCCGACGGCUCCGACGAGACCCUACACUGCAGCCGGCACGGCGCGAACAUCACGUGCACAGCCGAUCAGUUCGCGUGCGGCGCGCGCGGGCCGUGCGUGGCGGCGAGCGCGCGCUGUGACGGCGCGCACGACUGCCCCGGCGCCGCCGACGAGGCCGCGUGUGUCUGCCCGCCGCGCGCCUUCCGCUGCGCCGCCUCGCGCGUCUGCGUGCGGCAGGAGGCGUUUUGCGAUGGCGACGCGGACUGCGAGGACGGCUCCGACGAACCACCAGGCUGCUCGCACGGCACCCCGGCAGGCGAACCAAGCGUGGAGCCGACGGAACCUUUACCAGCGCCCGCGGAGCCACCAAAGCCUGCUGUGCACCCGCUGUGCGCGGCGGCCGGGCCGGGCGCGCUGUACUGCGCCGGGCGCUGCCUGCCGCGCGAGCUGCAGUGCGACGGCCGCGACCACUGCGAGGACGGCGGCGGCGGCGGCGCCGGCACCGACGAGGACCCGCUCGUCUGCAGCUCGUUCGCGACGGCGUUCGGCGGGCCGGACUCGCCGCUGGCGGCGGCGGCGGCGUGCGCGCGCGGGCUGUGGCGCUGCGGCUCGGGCGCGUGCGUGCCGCCGCGCGCGCUGUGCGACGGCGCCGACGACUGCGGCGACUACAGCGACGAGCGCGCCUGCAACGUGGACGAGUGCGCGGUGCUGAACGGCGAGUGCGCGCACAACUGCACCGACCUGGCCGUGGGCCGCGCCUGCUGGUGCCGCGCGGGCUGGCGGCGCGGGCCGCGCGGCGCCUGCCGCGACGUCGACGAGUGCCAGGAGGACGACCCCUGCGACCACCGCUGCAGGCAUAUGAGUCGUGGAAAACCCAGCGAUACAAAUAUCAUGAUCGGUUAUGUUGCUGUUACAUACUAUUCCUAG